AUGCCUUGCCGCGCGGAGUGCUGGGGUCCAUCAUCAAGGCGCAAGCCACUUUCCGCGGCUACGUCUUCCGAGCCCGGUACUUCACCAAGGCCCGCGCCGUCGCAGCCUAUUGCAAGGCGGUGGCGUGGCCGGAGCUGCACCCGCAGCUGGAAGGCGAGACCGUGGAGAUGCCAUCGGAGAAGGACAAAAAGAAAAGAAGUCCAAGAUGGACAAGAGCGGCAUGGCAAGCAGCAAGGCAGAUGCUUCCAAUCUCAAUCAAACCAUCAGCGACUUCCAGCCGACAGUGUCCAAGUACCUGGGCGGCGAGGGCAACUCUACGAAGCAGGGCCCGGGGGCGUCACCGUCGGCGUCGCCGCUGCGCACCAUGAACUCCACCAUGGGUUCUACGAAGGGCUCGACCAUGGCUGGCCAAGAGCUGCGGAACCGGGCCUGGCCGCUGCCCACGGCGGAUCACCGCGCAUGUGCCGACCUCUUUGCGCUGUACAUGUACAACUUGUACCGCCGAAAGGAGCUCACCAACAUGUGGUCCACACUUUGCAAAUCUUACGAGAGAGGCAUGGACUCCUAUGCGGAGCUCUUGCACCGAAAUCCUGCCCUGAAACCUAUGCUGGAGUCGAUCGCUGCCCAGCUGAAGCGUGGCUCUGUGGUGGGCUACGACAAGGCCUUCAUUGCCAAGCACAAGAAAGAGCCUACGGAGCAGACUGGGCGCGUGAAGCCCGUCGAUGCGGAUCUCUUCAAGAGCAAGACGGGACCUGGGCGGAUGAACCAGACGGGACAGUCCGUGGAGGAAGGUGCCUUUGGCAGCAAGGACAAGGCGGCGCCAACACCAUCUCCAGGUGCAACGGCCACCAUGGCCAUGUCAAUGACUGCCAUGAAGAAUAUGAACCUCACCGUCGGAGACAAGAAGGAGGACUCAGACAUCCAGGUCACUGGGGAAUACCUCACGAACUACCUCAAGGAGAUGGAUGGCGACGACUCGCAGUUCAAGGACAUCAACGCUGCUGUGGUACCCUUGUCCACCGGCACCAGCCCCCCGCGCCUGCAGCCUGCGGAGUCCAUCCUCAAGUCAGAGGAGCUCAGCGCUCCCGACUCAGGCAGCAGGCCAGGAACGUCAUCCACGCCAGCUAA